AUGAGGAGAGCUGAAGGGAUCCCCAUGCUUGUAACCUUCGCAUCGGUAUUCAUGUUAAUUGUGCCUGGACUAGCUCGUCCUGAACCUCAAUCUCAACUAGAUACAUUUGUGCCGCCAUGGAUCUGGCCACCAAUUCCUCAUCUGGAGACCCAAAAUUGUUGGUCAUCUCUUCCAGACAUUUCAGGAUGCUGGCAAGAGAUCCUUAGCUCCUGUUUUACACUUCAAAUAUCCCUUGGUCCCAAAUGCUGCAAUGUCAUCAAUCAGCUAAAUGAGAAUUGUGUUGACAAGCUCUUCCCCGAGGGAUUCUCAAAUCCUUUCUUGCCUCUUGUCGAGCGCUGUGCUCCAAAUGGUGAUGCAGAUGCCCCUGCUCAAGCGGAUCAUUCUCAACCAGCCCCUGAUAAACAACCAUCACCACCCACAGAGGUAGAUGCACAAUCUCCCAAAGGAGGAGAUGCAGAGAAACCUGAUCAAGAAAUUGCACCAUCCCCUAAUGAAGAAGGGCCAGAGCCAGAUCAAGGAGAUGCACAAGAACCAGAUGUUGCACCAUCACCUAGUGAAAAAAAUGCGGGAAAUCCAGAUUCCUCAGGACAUGGACAGGAACCAGAUGUAGCACCAUCACCUGGUGAAGAAAAUGCAGGAAUUUCCGGUUCCCCGGGAGAUGCACAAGAACCAGAUGUUGCACCAUCACCUAGUGAAAAAAAUGCGGGAAAUCCAGAUUCCUCAGGAGAUGGACAGGAACCAGAUGUAGCACCAUCACCUGGUGAAGAAAAUGCAGGAAUUUCCGGUUCCCCGGGAGAUGCACAAGAACCAGAUGUUGCACCAUCACCUAGUGAAAAAAACGCAGGAAAUCCAGAUUCCUCAGGAGAUGGACAGGAACCAGAUGUAGCACCAUCACCUGGUGAAGAAAAUGCAGGAAUUUCCGGUUCCCCGGGAGAUGCACAAGAACCAGAUGUUGCACCAUCACCUAGUGAAAAAAAUGCAGGAAAUCCAGAUUCCUCAGGAGAUGGACAGGAACCAGAUGUAGCACCAUCACCUGGUGAAGAAAAUGCAGGAAUUUCCGAUACCCCGGGAGAUGCACAGGAGCCAGAUGUUGCACCAUCACCUGGUGAAGAAAAUGCAGGAAUUUCAGAUUCCCCAGGAGAUGGACAAGAAUCAGAUGUUGCACCAUCACCUGGUGAAGAAAAUGCGGGAAUUUCAGAUCCCCCAGAAGCAGCAGAUGCACUAACACCUGCUCAAGGACCAUUUGCAGGUGAAGCAGAUGUUCCAACUUCUGAUGAAUUAGACACACCAUCCUCCCAGUGA